AUGAAGUAUGUGGUGGUUUCAGGAGGAGUAGUGAGUGGACUCGGAAAAGGAGUCACGGCAAGUAGCAUCGGUCUCAUCCUCAAGUCCUGUGGAUUCCGAGUCACCGCCAUUAAAAUCGAUCCUUACUUAAACAUAGAUGCUGGGACCAUGUCACCUAUUGAACAUGGUGAAGUUUACGUCUUGGACGAUGGUGGCGAGGUUGAUCUUGAUCUUGGGAACUACGAGAGGUUCAUGGAUAUUAAGUUGACCAGUGAAAACAACAUAACUACUGGAAAAGUUUACAAGCAAGUGCUUGAGAAAGAGAGGAAAGGAGAUUAUCUUGGGAAGACUGUUCAGGUUGUUCCUCAUAUCACUGAUGCUAUUCAAGAAUGGAUUGAGCGUGCAGCUAGGAUUCCAGUGGAUGGACAAUCAGGUCCAGCUGAUGUUUGUGUCAUUGAACUUGGAGGAACAAUAGGAGAUAUUGAAUCCAUGCCUUUUAUUGAGGCUCUUGGGCAGUUCUCGUAUCGCGUUGGCGCUGGUAAUUUUUGCUUGAUCCAUGUCAGUCUUGUGCCUGUAUUGAAUGUUGUUGGUGAACAGAAGACUAAACCAACACAACAUAGCGUUAGAGACUUAAGAGGCCUUGGCUUGAGCCCUAAUAUCUUGGCUUGCCGAAGCUCAAAGCCACUUGAAGAUAACGUGAAGGCCAAACUCUCUCAGUUUUGCCAUGUUCCGAUGGAAAACGUUGUCACUCUCUAUGAUUGUCCCAACAUUUGGCACAUUCCAUUGCUUCUCAAAGAACAAAAGGCACACGAGGCGAUUUUGAGUGUCUUGAACCUUAAAGGAGUUGCGAAGGAGCCUGCACUAGAGGAUUGGUCUUUGAUGGCUAAAAUGAGCGACAAGUUGCAUGUUCCGGUAAGAAUUGCUGUGGUUGGGAAGUACACUGAGCUCUUGGAUUCCUAUCUUUCCAUUCACAAGGCUCUCUUGCACGCUUCUGUGGCUAGGGGCAAGAAACUUGUCAUAGACUGGAUUUCAGCUAGUGAUCUUGAACAAGUGGCCAAAAAGGAGAAUCCGGAUGCAUAUAAGGCAGCCUGGAAGUUACUAAAGGGUGCUGAUGGUAUUCUUGUGCCUGGAGGUUUUGGAACCAGAGGUGUUGAAGGAAAGAUUCUUGCAGCUAAAUACGCCAGAGAAAACAGAGUUCCAUACCUCGGUAUCUGUCUUGGGAUGCAGCUCGCUGUGAUCGAGUACGCAAGAACCGUGCUUGGCUUGCCAGAUGCAAACAGCACUGAGCUUGAUCCCAACACCAAAAGCCCUUGUGUCAUCUUCAUGCCUGAGGGCUCAAAGACGCAUAUGGGAGGUACUAUGAGGUUAGGCUCAAGAAGAACGUAUUUCCAAGCUAAGGACUCCAAAUCAGCAAAACUUUAUGGGAACAGAAGUUUUGUGGAUGAGAGACACAGACACAGAUAUGAGGUAAAUCCAGCCAUGGUUCCACGUUUCGAGAGCUCGGGACUCACAUUCACUGGGAAAGACGAGACUGGUCAGCGAAUGGAGAUCGUUGAGCUGCCUACCCAUCCGUUUUACGUUGGAGCUCAGUUCCAUCCUGAGUACAAAUCAAGACCCGGAAAGCCAUCUCCUCUGUUUCUAGGGUUAAUUGGAGCAGCUAGUGGAGAACUAGACAGCGUCCUACUUCAACAAAUCUGCCAAGAAACCGUCCCUUCACGUCCUCAAUCCAAUGGAAAACUCGAGAAAGUCUAUUGGAAAGGCGCAGCUAAGAAGCCAGUCAGUGUUUUGUACAGUUUAUGUGACCGGGUCUACUCAUGA